AUAUCCUCCCCUCUUUAAUAAACGGCAAGUUUCGCAAAGCAUCCUUCGUCAAACGAAUUGGGCAGUCCGAGUUGCUUCCCCCUCCAGUCGCUCCACCAAGCAAUUGAAGCGCUGGGAGCCCCUUUUUGAGCUCUUUCUCUUGCUGCCACAGCUCUGCCGUUAAACUUUUUGCUGGGAAUUCGCUAAACUUUUUCUAGGGUUUAGCGAUGGAUCCGUUCGACAACAGAUUUGAGAAAGAUUUGGUUGCUGCAAGGAAGGUCCAGAAAGCUGGUCGAGAAAAAUUGAGGAGAGAGAAACUAAAUGAACAGUUCUUAGAGUUGGGAAAUGCGUUAGACCCAGAACAACACAAGAAUGACAAGGUCACCAUUCUACGCGACACAAUUCAGAUGCUGAAGGACUUGACUGCUAAAAUUAACACACUGAAAGCUGAAUACAACUCUCUUUCAGAAGAAUCUCAUGAGCUGACACAAGAAAAAAAUGAGCUCAGAGAAGAGAAAGCAAACCUGAAAUCAGCAGUUGAUCAUUUAAGUGUCCAAUGUCAGCAACGGCUUGCAGUUGUACAUCCUUGGGCAAUAUGCGACUCUUCACUUAUCCUCCAUCCUCCUUACCCAGUUCCAAUUCCCUCAGCUCCAAUUCUAAUCCACUCAGUACGUCCUUACCCUCUCUUCCAUAAUCCAAGUCAAGGAACUAUUCAUUAUCGAUGUUCUACUGGCAUGGUAUACUCUUCUUGCAAUUCUCAAGCUAAGCGAUCAUCAAUUGAAAGCCAAAAUUCAUGUAAAGAAGCAGCCAAAUGGCAGACAUCAAGCCAUCAGUAUCCUGGGAACAAGCCAUGUCAUGAUGAUCAUCAGGACUCUGGAAAAAGAAAUAGUGCCCUUUCUGAUGUUGCAACAGAGUUGGAGCUCAAGAGUCUUGGUUCUUCAGUUUCUAUUCGGUCAAAAUCAGCACAUAACUUGGAUGUGGUGCCUUCUGGAACGAGGAAGAGGCCACAACUCAAAGAUAUCCCUAGCAGUAGCAGCUCAAGUAGGUGUUCCUCUUGCAGUGUGGCAGUUGACAACUCCAGUGUUGUGGGAGAUGGCCCCGUCUCUGAGAAUAAGUGACUUUCUAACUGUAAGAAAUAAUAGAGAAGAAGGAACAAAAUGCAGACCUUCAAUUGCUUGUAAAAAACAGAUCUUCCGUUGAGAAAAAAAUCACCGGAAUAGGAAAUCUUCUAUUGAUCACCACCUCUUCGUAGAGAAAGUAAGGAGAGUUAAUUAUCAUUUCACGUAUUGUUCCAUUUGAUAUAAUGUCUAAUGUAUGUAUAUUCUAGCUCCUGGGGUUAUGGUGCAGCGGCAGGAUAUUUAGGUUGUUAUCUAGGCAUCCGUGAUUCAAACCUUAGUUAUGAUAAAUUUGUAAGAAUUUUUCAUCUAAAUGGGACAUGCAAUUAAAGGAUGUUGAGUC